UUCCAAGCAAACUAUUUUUAAGGAAAAGUAAACAUCACAACUUCUCAUAUUGAAAUGAAGCUCUUCCCUUUUCUUCCAGUGUAUCUGUGAAACAGAAUGUAGAGCUCCUUGUUUUGGAAAGGGGAAAAAAAAAAAAUCUACCCUACCCCUAAUAAUUUCCACCACAGACUGAAAUCAGAAUUACUGAGCUACAGUUUCUAGAUUUCCUCACUUUAUACAGCGAGCAAUGGGCAGAGGAAUAACAACAGCAAAAUGUAAAAUUCAGAAAAACCUUUGGAAAAGACAAUAGCCAAAAUUUCAAAUAUGGAUGGAGGCAGAAGCAGGUUUUAAUUGCAUCAUUGUUAGAGAAAAAGUGCAGAAAAUCUUGUCAGGUUGCAAUUCAUUGUAGUCUUGUCUGUCACCUUUUGUUGCCAGGCUCAGAAAUGAGGUAGAUAAGAGAAGUUUUUGCAUAACAGUUGUAAAAUAUUGUCACUAACCCACCCCCACACACCCAUUUUAUUUCACACUGACAAAAGCUGAGAUGAAUGAGUUGUCUGGCCCUUCCCACUUUGUAUAGUCAUUGGCUGGCUUGGUUCUAAAAGGGAUUUUAAAAAGGGGAAUUAUGUGCCUUUGCCUAGGAUCUGAGGCUGUCAGGGUGCUGAAAAGCUGAUCUGUGACCAUGCAGAUCCCUUGGGCUGUGUGUGCUGUCUGUGUCCUGACACAAAUCACACUUCACUCUGUGCAAGGCUGGCAGAUGUUUAAAAAUGAUGCUACAGAAAUCAUUCCUGAGAUCACUGAAAAUCCAGAAACACCAAUGGAGCCGACUUUCAGCAACAACAACACCAUGAAUCAGGCAAAACACGGAGGAAGACACAUACAGCAAACUCCAGACCUCAGCGAUGCCGCCUUCAGCUGCCGGGAGGUUCGCACCACGCGGUUCCUGACGGACGGGCCGUGCCGCAGCCUGAAGCCGGUGAAGGAGCUGCUGUGCUCGGGCCAGUGCGAGCCCUCGCACCUCCUGCCCAACUCCAUCGGCCGCGGCAAGUGGUGGCGGCAGAACGCGCUGGAUUUCCGCUGCAUCCCCGCGCACAGCCGCACCCAGCGCGUCCUCAUGGCCUGUCCCCAGCAGGAAACGCGGACUUACAAAUUCCGAGCGGCCACGUCCUGCAAGUGCAAGCGCUACACUCGCUACCACAACCAGUCCGAGCUCAAGGACUUCGGCAAGGACAGCGCCCGGCCCCAGAAGAACAAGAAGCCGCAUCUGGCCAGAGCCAGGAGCGGGAAAUCCAACCAGCACGAGCUGGAAAACGCUUAUUAGGAAGGAGGUGGCUCUGGGUGGGACGAACUGGCGCUCCGGAUGUUUGUUAAACCAUCAAAAGGCACUCAGAGGUCACAGCGUGAUGUUCUGACUGCAGUAGGUUCCAAUUCCUUCUGCUAAGCUGGGUCAAAGGCUCACAUAGGCAAAAAAUCGGUCAGAUUUAGCACUUGUGGUGUGGUAAGAGAAUGAGGUAAAGGCAGCUGGAGGCACCUGUCACUACAGGACACGGAAUGACACGACAGGGACACGCGGCUCUCUCAAGGCAAAAAGAGAAUUUUUAAUUUCUGAUUCCAGCAUUUAUAGAUUUCCAAAAGUGACAGUGGAUUGGAGGGUGACAGUGCCACCUCUCCAAUGACACUGGACAAACCAACAGUCCAUCAAAUUUCUCC